AUGUAUCGGUUGUACAAUAUAAUCAAUUCCAGUAUAUUAUUAAUACCCAAACCCAAUCUAAAUACACUAAUUAAGGCCGGAAAUCGUAAUUUUACAACAAAUAACUUAAUAAAUAUCAGUUUUAUCCAAUAUGAUGAGGAAAUUAAUGUGUCGGUUCCAGUUGGAAUAUCAAUCUUAGAAGCUGCACAUCGAAAUAAUAUUGAAAUAGAAGGAGCCUGCGACGGAUGCAUGGCCUGCUCAACUUGCCACGUCAUACUGGACGAAAACGUUUAUAACGCACUGCCAGAACCCACAGAAGCCGAGAUGGAUAUGUUAGAUUUAGCACCCUGUUUGACUCCAACGUCAAGAUUAGGAUGUCAAGUAAUUUUAAACGAAAAACAUGAUGGAAUUCGGAUCAAAUUGCCCAGAAUUACCCGAAACUUUUACGUGGACGGCUAUACACCAAGCCAUCACUGA